CUUGUUCUUUGCUACUUAUUGCAUCACUGCAUGCAUAAUGCAGCCCUUCUAUUUUCAUGCAUAUAUGUUCUUUGAAUUACUUCUUCUUUUUCAAAUGAUUUGAUUUUCCAUCUGAGUUUUCACUUUGUGGGAAGUGUAAAAUAGCUUUUUUAAUAGUCUUUUGGUUAAAUUAUAGGAUAGACAAGUAUAUCCAAACGGGAUUCAUCAUUUUGAUACAACUUCUAUCCUGGAAUUAGCUAAUACCUAUAACCAAAUAUGGGAUAAAUACAAACCCAAAUUCUAUCCCGGGAUAGUAUCCUUAGGGUUUUUUAUUGAUAUAAUGGAUAUAUGUAAUUUUGGGGUUUUGUUAAUAGAAAGGAGUUUCUAAAACAAAAGUUGUUAUUAUGCUUCCGAUAAUUAAUUUGUAAUCUAUUUUCAGUCCUGGGGUCACCAUGUCCGAUUCAGUGGAGGAAAUUGUUCCUGAUUCUUCAGCGAAAGAGGUGCAAGGGACCGUUGAUUACCGUGAUUAUUCUUCUUCAUCAUCCACCGACGGCGAUGAUUUUCGACGCCCCACCAACGAUCAGAAGCCUCAUCUCUUUGGCCGCCAGAAACCUGUCCAUGCCGCCCUAGGCGGUGGCAAACCCGCUGAUAUUUUGCUGUGGAGGAACAAGCAGAUUUCAGCAGGGAUGCUUGCUGCUGCAACUGUAAUAUGGCUGCUCUUCGAAUGGAUUGGUUAUCAUUUGCUCACUUUUAUUUGCCAUUCUCUCAUACUUACCUUGGCCAUCUUGUUCUUUUGGUCAAAUAUCUCCCACUUCGUCAAUAAGACUCCUAUGGAAUUUCCAGAGAUAGUACUGCCAGAGAAAUUGUGGACUGAGGUUGCUCUCCUGUUGAGGGACAGAUUCAACUGGGCAUUUAGUGUCUUCUGGGAAGUGGCUUCUGGAAAGGAUUUGAAGAAGUUCCUAUAUGUACAAAUCUCUCACUACCCUCAGCUUUGUGUUAUCUAUACUUUCAUUUCAUGUAUGUUUCUCAAGUGCAACAUCCUAUGUAGUGGCGAAGCCAGGAAUUUCAUCUUGGGUGUUCAAACUUGA